CUCUAGGCCCAGCUCCUGCGCUCCUCUGCUCCAUCCUCACUUGCCACUGCUGGCCAGCCAGAGGACCUGAGGACAGCCUAGGUGAGCAGUUCCCCCGCCAUGGCACCCUUUGUGAUCAUCCUGCUGGCUGCCCUACUGUGUGCAGAGAGAGCUCAGAGUCUGCAGUGUUACCAGUGUGUGGGUGCCACCCAGGACAGCACGUGCAAGCAGUCCACCUGCCCCUUCCCCAAGGGGGUCUGUGUCACCCAGGAAGUGGGGAUGGCUAUGGGGUCUAGGAAAAUGAAGAACAAGUUCUGCCUCCCUACUUGUCCGAAAGGGAAGAACAUGUCCAUCAAGAAUAUACCACUCAUAGGCAAAAUGAUCCACUCAAAGACAUCUUGUUGCAGCGAGGAUCUGUGCAACUUGGGGGUUCCAGUGCAGGUCAGCACCUGGAUGCUGGCAGGGGGGCUCCUGCUGGGCCUGGGGGUGGUGCUCCUCGGCUUCCAGCUGUGAUGACCCUUCCUCCUCUCCCUCAUAGCCCUCUUCUUUCCCAGUGGGUUGCCCGCUUUACAAGGAAUUCUGCAGUGAUGUGCAGCCCCAAGGCUGAGUGUUAAGUAUCAAUUAGCCUUGAGGGAUGGGGUGAAGCAAAGGAGACCCAAGAUGGAGCCGUCACAAGGUCUCUGAGAGAGUACACUGCAGGGAGAUGUCUUCAGAGCCUGUCAGGCGGGGAAUGGCACAAGAUGAGUUAUGUUUAUUUUUCUAUUUGUGCC